AUGCUGCGUGCAAAGCCAUUCCUUGUCAGCCUCGGGUGCCUCGCGCUUCUCGUGAUCAUUUUCAACACGCUCUCGGUCGUGCACUUGGUCCAAUUCGAGCGCACACUGCGCCAGGGGGACACGCCCCCCCGCUACACCCCGCGCAAGCUUCAUGUUGUGACGCUCGCCGACGACCCCCGCCCCGAGAUCUGCCUCGUGGCAGCUGCCGUGCACGCGACGGGCCAUCAACUGCAGGUGCUGGCGUGGAAUCACUCGACGAAUUUCUUUGACAACACGUCGUGCGGCGCCCAGUGCGGCGCCAACACGGCCAACGACUUUCGCAUUGGCCAGCAAAAGAAGACCCACUGGCUGCACCACUACGUCGCGUCACACCCAGACUUGCACGACGACGACCUUCUUUUAUAUACGGACGCCUAUGACGUGGUCGUACAAAUGCCAAUGGACGUGCUCACGCAGCGCUUCUUGCGCCAAACAAAAGGGCAGCGCGGCAUCCUCUUCAACGCCGAGCCUACGUGUGGCGACUCGUUCACGCUCGGCGGUGACUAUGGCGACCACCUGCGCGCCGCAUCCUUUGAUGUUCGGCUCAACACCUCGUCGCCGACGCGGUCUGUGCGCGGGUUGGACAUGUGUGACGAGAUCCGCGCCCGGUCCAUCGCCACCAGUUUUGGCACAGGACCCAACUUGUUUCUUGGCUCGGGGGGUAUUCUCGGUGACGUGCGAAGCGUCCGCGCGUACCUCCGCCGCGUCAAGCAAGUGCACAAGAUGCAGCAAGACGCCUAUGACGCAGGGACGAGUCCGUUCUUCUUUUACGGCGACCAGAUUUCGUUCCAGCUUGCGUACGUGCAGUUUCCCGAGCUCAACGCGCAGGUCGACCGCGACGGCGACAUCUUCUUUGUCGUCUCGUCGAGCGUCGCGCACGGGACGUUCGAGCACCUCACGCCCCACAGCGGGUGCGCGCCGUCGUACUUUGUCAAUGGCAGCGCCAGUAUUCUGACUUGGAGUGGGUCGGCGCCGAUUUUUUUCCAUUUUCCCGGCGGCUUCAAGUUUAUGUACGAGUCGUGCGCGCGUGCUGUCACGACGCACUUGGUGCAAACCGCCAAGCAGCCACCGAUCAUUAACUAG